AUGGCUGAUAUUGAACUCAAAAAUGCCGAAGCCCAAGGCCAAGCCAAGAAAAGGGAACGCCCGGCCAUGCAGAUCUAUCGUCCUCCAGGUAAGCUCGGCCCUCGCAAACUCUUCAACUCAAACUCAGGUCUCAGAGGAGGAGAAAAAAAUGAGAAAAAUGCCCAGGAACUGCCCGCUUCACCGACUUCAGUGAAGUACAGUACCCUUGGAAAGACCGAACAAGACCGAGGCAGGUUUGCAAUACCAACGUUUUUACUUUUACUUUUCAUAACCUUGACCUGAAUUCUUCAUUUGUUUGCAAUGUUUGAAUGCAUUCUCAAAUCUUUUGAUUACAGUUUCUAAUGCCAGUUCUGAAUCCAGAAGUUCUUCUACAAAGAAUGAGAAACCAAAACCAAAGAAUAAACCCUCGGUUACAACACCGACAGAAAAGAAAAAACAAUUUACUUCAAAAGACUUCGACGACAUUGUAACUGGACUACGGAAGUUGGAAGCCAUAAAAGACCAAAAGAUCGUUGAGGACUUUAUAAACUGUUAGUCCUACCUUAAGUUAUAUUACUGUAUUCUUUGCAGCAAACUUGGAGUUGCCAGAAAUAACGGAAUCCUUGGCGCUUUGCUUAACCCGACAGGCCAUAGAAGAGAGUAAUAAACAAGUCCAGAGGGCCAUAGCGAGACUGAUUGCCCUUAUUCUCAGCUGUCCCACCGGUAGUUCUUUCCACAAAGGUCUGUUGGCAUCCUUGAACCAAUAUUACGAAUGCCGAGGACAGUUGAGAGAGACUCAUCUCAAGGUUUGGAUCAAUUUCCUCAGCUUUCUUAGUGAUGUUUAUGCAAAUAUUGGAUUCGAAUAUGAGGGUGGAUUGGUGGAUUUACUCUUCAAAGUACUCGAUUACAUGUUGGAAGAGUCAAUCUUGGAGACACUGAAGAUCGAAGAAGUAAGGUUUUGGUAUGAUUAAUGUGACCCACAUAAAAGAGUAUAAACUAUGAGUAAUGGGCCAUUUGAAAUUUGCAAACUUGACUAAUGUGAUUGUUACAGCUGGAAAGUGUGAUCGGCUGUCUUCUGAGUGUUGGUUAUGACCUGGAACGGAACUGUCCCGACCAACUGGGGAGUCUAAAGGAUCGAAUUCGAGACGCUUUUGUAGCCGCGCAUGAACCCUGGGCACGAAAAAUGAUAAUGUUACUCAUGGAAUUGUCGGCCAGUGGCUGGUCCCUGCCUUCCGAGGCCAACGAAUAUUAUUUUCAAUAA